AGUUCAUUAAACAGAACAGAUCCAUUGAUUUUUUAAUUAACUCGUUUCUUCCAUGUUGUAAUUAAGAAAAAGGUUACGUCUUUUAAUCUCAAAAUCAAAACCCAACAAAAUUCUAUUACUUAAUUUCCUUUUAGAACAUUGAUGGGUCGUUUUAAAAAUUAACUUUACUGUGUUCAUCAAUGUGGAAAUAUUUGUUUGUUUGCCUUUCUCCACCUUCUUUGGGUUAAGUAACUUAAUUUAGACACUAAUCUGGAUUUUCAUUGGCCUAUUAAACAAAUUCUUUAUUAGUUCUAUAGUUUAAGAGAGAGAGAGAUUGGAAGGGUGUUGUUUGGCACAUGGGUUUUGCUGAAAGACGAGAAUAAUGCGAAGAGCGGCGUUAGUAUUUGACUCCAAUAUUUUCCGGGAAAAAGAAAAAUUUCCCGGGAAAAUUUCCCAGAAUCUUCUCUGAUCAGCGAAGAACGAUGUAGGGUUUGCUUCGAAUUUUCCCUUCAUUCAAUUAUGUCCAUGGAGGAUAGCUACACAUUCAACACUGUGUCUGUGCAACCUAAACUCGACACGUAUGCAAACUCAUCACGCUAUAAACUUCGACUUGGAGUUCUUCAAGAUCAUUCUAGGAAUCCACUGAAUUCCAACUCAUUAACAGUUCCUCAAAUAUCUAUACCUACUUUUAGUCCUCUAUUUAUGUCUCCUAUGAUGAGCUGAGUAUCAAGCCCUUGAAGAGAGCACAAAAAGAUGAAGUUAUUAGGAUGGAUGCACAACAAGUUUUGGCAAAGUGGAAUCGAGUCUGUCAAGGAUUUCACUAUUGCGAACCCAUGCAUGUGCCUAUCAGUACAAGCACUUGUUAAUGAUGAAGACAUCUAUCUGAAGCCAGAUUUUGGUUCCAAAAUCAUGCAGCUUCACAGUCAGGACUAUGAACAAUCAUCUUUUGAAGAAAAAAGUGAAAACUUAUCUAAUUCAUCUGAUUUCUUCCAUGAGUUCCUCACUAUCGGAACUCUCGGUUCCGAACCCGCAACGCCAACAUUUUCCUUGGCUUUUGAAAACAUGAUAGCGUUGCCAGACGAGGUGACAGAGGAUGAACUAAAACUGAUAAAUUUUGAGCUAGAAAAGUGUCUUAAAGCUGAAACUAAAGAAGACUGUUGCGAGCAAUCGCCCGGGCGGGCAAGUCAUGCUAGUAUUAUCACGCUUGCAUGUAAGCAUACAGAAGAUGAUGGGAAGACACUAACAUGUCCACUUCAGGGGUAUCUAUUUGGAUCUACAAUAGAGCUUUCAGACAAGAUGAUAGCCAUGAGUAAAGAAGAACCUUCAUCUGCAGCACGUGAGAGUUCCAAAGUGGAUAUUGAUAAAAAGGAGGUAUUGAUUAAGCAUUCAAACAAAUCUGCACUAAGCUUUGUGAAGAAGAUGCUGAAGAAACUGCGUACUUCCACAUAUGAGUCAAGUGAUUCAUAUUCAACCAAGAAGAAACUCCAAAAGGUGCUACGUACAUUUCAUAGAAAAACACACCCCGAAAGCUCUACUGCUAGGAACGAAUGUCAAAAGUCCCACAAGUACGUGUUUGAGAAUGCUUCUUUUGAUUAUGAUAUCGAUAAUGGACGUGCGAUGAACGGAGAGGAAGACCGAAUAACGUCUUCUCAGGAGUUCAUCUCAAAAGAGGAAAUGCAUUAUUGGAAGACCAACUUAGGCUUGCCUCUCUAUGGUGUGGACUCCAGUGUUUUAAGUGCAAACAAAGGGCAUUGGAUCAAGACUGAUGCAGAGUACUUGGUGUUGGAGCUUUAGGGGAAGAAGAAGAUGACCACAAAGGAUCAGAAUGGUGACCACCUGAAGUCUUCUUUUCCAAACGGUUAAACGAUAGCGAUAGCGAUAUCAAUAUUGUUCGUGUCGUUGUGUUUAAGUGUGAUACCGAAACUCUAAGUUGGUUUGUCUUUUGUUGUAAGCUUCUACAAAUGCUAGAGUCAUUUGCAAUUUCCACUCUGAAAUGGUUAAGUGUUCUGUUUCCUGUUCAUGUACAGUCUAGUACAUUACGAACAGAAAAUGAAGUUCUUCUCUGAAUAAACAAACCCUUUUGAAUAUCAU